AUGGGUAUCCUCACAGUCGUCGAAGACAGGCCAACGCCCCCUCAAGUGUACAACUGGCGCAUCUAUCUGCUUGCGGCUAUCGCUUCCUCUGCUUCAUGCAUGAUUGGCUACGACAGUGCCUUCAUCGGCCAAACCAUCGAAUUGCAGUCUUUCCGUGACGAAUUCAACUUUGGGGAAUGGCCCGCGGCCAAACAGAAUCUCGUCAAGGCCAACAUCGUCUCCCUUUACCAGGCCGGUGCUUUCUUCGGCGCAUUACUUGCAUAUCCCAUCGGGUUUUACUGUGGUCGAAAGUGGGGCUUAUGGGUCGCUGGUAUGAUUUUCACUCUCGGUGCUGGAUUGAUGCUAGGCACCAAUGGAGACCGUGGUCUUGAUCUGAUGUAUGUCGGGCGUGUCCUCGCUGGUAUUGGUGUGGGAUCAGGUUCGAACCUGACCCCAAUAUACAUCUCGGAACUAUCCCCACCCGCAAUUCGGGGACGACUCGUUGGUAUAUACGAACUGGGAUGGCAGAUUGGUGGUUUGGUCGGGUUCUGGAUCAACUUCGGCGUUUCACAGCAUCUUCCCGUGAGCCACAAACAAUGGAUCAUACCAUUUGCCGUGCAGCUUAUCCCAUCGGGCUUGUUGCUUGUUGGCGUCGUGUUCAUACGUGAAUCUCCGCGUUGGCUAUUUGGCCGUGGUCGUCGCCAGGAGGCCAUUGCAACCCUAUGUUGGAUUCGUCAACUUCCAGAGCACGACGUCUACAUCGUUGAGGAGAUCGGGGCCAUUGAUCAAGCUAUUGAUGAGCAAAAUGCUCACAUUGGUCCCGGAUUUUGGAACCCAUUCCGUGCAGCCGGGACAAAUCCCAGGGUCAUGUGGAGGCUCUUCCUGGGCUUUAUGCUUUUUUUCUGGCAGAACUGCUCUGGCAUAAAUGCAAUCAACUACUACAGCCCCACUGUCUUUAACAGCAUGGGAAUCACUGGUUCUCUGAACCAGCAAAUGUCCGGUAUUUUCGGCGUCGUCAAGACGGUCGUCACUUGGAUAUGGUUAUUGUUCCUCAUAGACCAUCUUGGCCGACGCAAGUUGCUGAUUGGAGGCGCUGUUGGUGGAUCGAUCAGUCUAUGGAUUAUUGGUGCCUAUAUCAAGAUCAAAGAACCUGAACACAACGCCAGUGCAAAGCUCGACAGUGCUGGUAUUAUGGCAAUUGUUUUCUUUUACAUUUACACAGCGACGUUUUCACCGACCUGGAAUGGUACACCAUGGGUUCUAAACGCUGAGAUGUUCGAUCCUAACAUGCGUUCUCUGGCCCAAGCUGUUGCUUCCUCUAGCAAUUGGCUCUGGAACUUUCUCAUAUCCAGGUUCACGCCUCAAAUGUUCGCCAACAUGGGCUAUGGUGUCUACUUUUUCUUCGCUAGUCUCAUGAUUAUAUCUACUUUUUUUGUUUUCGUCUUCAUUCCCGAGACAAAAGGUGUGCCAUUGGAGCGAAUGGAUCGAUUAUUCCAGAUCAAGCCCGUCUGGCGCUCGCAUGGCCAUAUCAUUGCGCAGUUGGGGGACGAAGAGGCGGAAUCUUGCUCUGCGAUGCAGGUAUCAAACUCAUACGACGGGAAACCGAAAGACGAAUUUGGGCGCCCGACUCUCGGGAUUCCACCACCUAUCAUAAAGUGCUGCUAA